AUGCAGUUUCGCCUCUUCUCCUUUGCUCUCAUCAUCCUCAAUUGCAUGGAUUACAGCCACUGCCAAGGCGGCCGCUGGAGACGCAGCAAGAGAGGAGGCUCAAGGUCACCCCAAGCCAACUAUGGAACAAAUCCUAUUUGCAAAGGUUGCUUGUCUUGCUCCAAAGACAACGGAUGCAUCAGAUGUCAGCAUAAGUUAUUCUUCUUUCUCAGAAGAGAAGGAAUGAGGCAAUAUGGUGAAUGUUUGAAUUCCUGCCCUUCAGGGUACUACGGUCUCCGAGCCCCAGAUAUGAACAGAUGUUCAAGAUGCAGAAUAGAGAACUGCGAUUCUUGCUUUAGUCGAGACUUUUGCACCAAGUGCAAGCCUGGGUUUUAUCUCUACCGAGGCCGAUGCUUUGCAGAAUGUCCUGAUGGCUUUGCACCCUUAGAGGAGACGAUGGAAUGUGUGGAAGGCUGUGAAGUGGGUCCAUGGAGCGAAUGGGGAACUUGCAGCCGAAAUAACAAGACGUGUGGAUUUAAGUGGGGCCUGGAAACAAGAACAAGGCAAAUUGUGAAAAAGCCAGCAAAGGACACAAUACCAUGCCCAACAAUUGCAGAGUCCAGAAGAUGUAAAAUGGCCCUGAGGCACUGUCCAGGAGGAAAGAAGACACCCAAGACAAAGGAAAAGAGGAAGAAGAAAAAGAAUUUAAUGGAACAAGCUCAGAAGCAACACAGCCUCUUCCUCGCCACAGACCGAGCUGGUCAAUAGUGACUUUGUUGUGUGGGAAUCCAUAUGGGGAUUGUGUUUGUUUGUUUGUUUGUUUGUCUGUCCGUAUUUUUGCAAAAUGCACAGAAGCUGCUACCUGCUCCUGCACUGCAAUUCAGCUGCUUUGACAGUAUUGGUUGCAAAUAACUUGUGAAAAAAGAAGUCCACAAGCUUGUUUGUAUGUGUUUAUUUAUACUUUGGUUUUGUUCUUGUUUUUUUUUUAAUCUUUCCCCAAGCCUGGAGACUACAGGGGCAGAAGAAGCACACUGAGUUGAAUCAGUGUGUGUGUAUAUGUGUGUGUCCAAGGCUUUUUGUUGUCGUUUCGUUUUAAUUCAGUGCCUGCGAGAUGGAGACAGUCCACUGCUCUGCACGGAAGUUUGCAGCAGGUUCUUAAAGGCUGCAAGUCACCGUUGGUUAACGGACUUGUGCAUAUUUAUAUAAGGAUGAAAAAUGUGGUAGGGGAGGGGAAUUAGAAUUGCAUUUAUGGCCUUUGUUUCUCAUAUUGUACUUUUCAAGAAUAAAUAACACUAAGCAGAUAUUUAUAGAUAAUGGGUGGAAUCUGAAGUUACAGCAACACAGUAAACUUGCAGAAAUGAUUUUUCAUUGGUUUCCACUUCCUCCUCCUGUGCCUCCUGAAAAGCUGUUGUUGUGCAUCAAGGGGCUUUCCUAAACAAGGUGUGGGAAGAGGGGGCUCCAAUGGGUUGGGGACUCAUGAAACUGCCUUUCUGUGAAUAUAACCUCUGUUAGCAUGUCACACCUUUUAUGAAGAGGGAGGGCAAUUUCCUCCUCUCCACUGUAGCCUCUCAUCAUGUUCUGUUUUGGAGGUGUAACAACCACCAGCAGCAUAUGGGGAGGCACAAGAGGCUCAAGGUGGGGGGUGGGAAUCAUGCAGACUUGCUACACUGGCAAAACUUUGGAUUCAGCCCUCCAU